UAUCACUCUACUUGAUAGGUGUCAACUCACUCAUAUUUCUCUUUAUGGCCAACAUUAAUCGGUACCCUGUGUUGGUGACACCCAUUGCGUUGACCCUAAGUGUGAGGCCCUGAGGUCAGGUAUAAUCAUUGUGGGCAUCUGUUCUAUUGCUGUGGAAGACACAGUCUCAGUAGAAAUAUAACGGGAGAGUGACUCUGGUGGAUGCAAGGUCUGCUAUUUUCUGUGAUGUGGGGAGUGGAGGGAGCAGAUGGAUAUGGAGAGUGGGAAGUAUGACAAAAGAAAAGCCUAGGAGAGAAGCUGAUCAAUGACUGAACUGUCCCCAUUACUACAGGACAUGUACUUUGAGGACGUGGCCAUUGCCUUCUCCCAGGAGGAAUGGGAGCUCCUGGAUGAGGCUCAGAGACUUCUGUACUGCGACGUGAUGCUGGAAGUGUUUGCACUGGUCUCAUCUGUAGGUUGCUGGCACAAAACGGAUGAUGAGGAGGUCUGUCCCGAGCAGAGUGUAUCUGUACAAGAAGAGUCACAGGUCAUGGCUUCUACGACAGCACCAGCAACCCAGAGGACUCAUCUGUGUAAGCGGUGUGUCUCUGUGUUAAAGGACAUUCUGCACCUGACUGAGUCACAAACUGGAGACUUUGAGCAGAAAGCCUUCUUCCGUGAUGCACGUGUGAGAGACUUCUGUUUCAGUGCAAACCCUCACCAGCAACACAGAGAUGCCAGUGGAGAGAAACCCUGGAAAGAAGCUGUGGACGGGGCCUCGUUUGUGACCAGCUGCACCUUCUCCUUACCUUGGGUGCCUUCAACUAAUUGGGAGGUUGGGGAAGACUUCCCAGCCAUCCCAGACCUUCUCCAGCACCAGGCCCCUCUCAGCACCGAGGAGCCACACAGUGGCAGUGAGAUUUCACAGGAAUAUCUCGUUGGAGAAAGUGUUCACCAGACUUGUAACUAUGAAAUAUUUGGCAGCCACAACCAGGGAUUUGUUCAGCAUUCCAGUGCCUGCUCUGGAGCAGCGAAAUAUGAGUGUGACAGAGGUGGGGACGUUUUUAGACAAAACUUUCACCUCAUUCAGCACAGAAUAACUCACACUGGAGAAAAGCCCUAUAAGUGUGCUGAUUGUGGGAAGUCCUUUGGACAAAGGUCCAACCUCAUUUCACACCACAGAGUUCACACUGGAGAAAAGCCCUAUGAGUGUUCCGAUUGUGGGAAAUCUUUUACGAGAAAUAACAACCUCCUUAACCACAAGAAAGUUCACACUGGAGAAAAACCCUAUGAGUGUGCUGAUUGUGGGAGAUGUUUUAGGACAAAUAAUAACCUCCUAAACCACAAGACAGUUCACACUGGAGAAAAACCCUAUGAGUGUACUGAUUGUGGGAAAUCUUUCAGGAGAAAUAAUAACCUCCUUAACCACAAGACAGUUCACACUGGAGAAAAACCCUAUGAGUGUACUGAUUGUGGGAAAUCUUUUAGGAACAAUAGUACGCUCCUUAACCACAAGGCAGUUCACACUGGAGAAAAGCCAUAUGAGUGUACUGAUUGUGGGAAGUUUUUCAGGAGAAGGCUUCACCUCUUGGAACACAUGAGGAUUCACACUGGUGAAAAAUCUUUUGAAUGUAGUGUUUGUGGGAAGUUCUUUAGACUAAAGGGGCACCUCAUUAAACACCACAGAGUUCAUACCGGAGAAAAGCCGUAUGAGUGUAGUGAUUGUGGAAAGUCCUUCAGACAAAGACGCUCGCUCAUGGACCACCACAGAAGUCACACUGGAGAUAAGCCAUAUGAGUGUGGUGAUUGUGGCAAGUCCUUCAGACAAAGACGCUCACUCCUGGACCACCACAGAAGCCACACUGGAGAAAGGCCUCAUGAGUGUACUAAAUGUGGGAAACGUUUUAGCAGCAAACCUAGCCUUGUUAGACAUCUGAGAAUUCACAUUGGAGAAAAGCCUUAACUGUGUGGGGCAUGGUUUAUCUUUCUCACUCGACAACUCUGAAGGAGACUUAAAUCCAUUCACCUUUUAUCUGAACAUACACUGUGAGGAAUUCCUCAUAAGUGUGAGGUACAAGUGAGGCUUGAAGGAGCUGCAUUGCACUUGCUAUAUCUUCCAUGGACUCCACCCCAUUGGUGUCACUGUGAAGUGUUUGUGGCUGAAGUGACCUCCUCCACCACCUGGCUCAUCUGAACGGUGUGCAUCAGUCACCGUCUCUGGUGCUCGGGGAAAGGAAUUCUGUGUUCUCCCUGGUGCUUAAGUGAAUACUCUGAGCACUUGGCAAGAUCCUCAUUCCUUACUCUCUGCCUGAGAAAUGGACCUGACCCAGGUUUUAUCCAGAGCCCCGUUCUCAGCCAAGAAGAGCUGCCUCUUUCAAGGACAUUGUGGUGGUCACCUGCUGCUCUGGUGAAUUCCUGCAAACUGAUGGCUGUCGUUUUUGUGAUUGUGAUUUUGCUUUUGUGCCUUUAAUUUUGUUGGUUCUAUUCACCGCCUGGGUUGAUUUGAAAACACAGUUUUGAUGUGUCGGCAUGUAGAGUUAACAGAUAUUGGGGGGAUCUCAAACUUUCUGUGCUUCAGAAAGGAUGGCUUGAUGGCAGAAAAUCCUUCUUUGUCCAAUUUUCUUUGCUUUACUGCCCCAGGCUUGAAAUAAAGACCAUAGGACUUUGUGG